CACCGUUCGCGUUCAAAAACGGAGAAGAGUGGCCUCGGCUUAUCCCUCGCGCCGCACACGCGAGGACGCCGCGCGCGCGCACCUUCGGGGCUCACGACCCGUCCGGAUCGACGCACCCUCGCGUAUCGACCGCUCGACGCCCCUCGCUCCCUCGAUCCGCGUCCGCGACCGACCCACCGCGUCGUCUCAGCCCUAGCGCGUUAACGACCACGCAAACGAGAAAAGAGGCACCUCCCAGACAGAUCCCGCGACCAACAUGGCGGUGGUCCCGAAUCGCAACGACAGCGAACGAUCGAUGAACGUCUCCUUCGCGGAGGGCGAGGGGUCGGCGGCGACGAACAAGGAGCGCUUCGAGAAGCUCAAGGCGAGCCGCCAGAAGUACAAGGACCAGGCCACCGAGGCGAAGCUCCGAUGCGUCAACCUCGAGCGGCAACUCUCCAUGCUCGUCCAGCAGCUCGAGUCCUCCGCCGCCGCCGGCGUCGGCGUCGGCAACGGAAACGACGACGAGGGUAAGGCGCGAAUGGAGGCGGAGAUUCGCGAGCUCAAGGCGCGCCUCGCGUCCGCCUCCGCGACGGUGGACAAGCUCGACGAUCAGCUCGCCGACUGCGCCAGGCGUCUCUCCAUCGCCAACGCGUCGCUCGCCAAGGCGCACUCGGACGCGAAGGAGUGGCGGGCGAAGGCGGAGCGGGCGACGUCGACGAUGGUCGGCGGCGGUGGUGCGUACGAGUACAUGUGCGGGGCGGUGCUCGGGGCGGGGACCGUGGCGGCGGCGGGGUACGUGGCCUUGACGUACAUGAUGAAGCGGUGACUUGACGCGACGCGGGUGAUGCGAGUAUGUGCUAAACCCUUUAGAUGUGCUACACCCUCGGGCGAGGGACUUUCAACGACAACGAUUCACGCGCGCUUGUGUGCACGCGCGUUUUGAUUUUGUCGUCAUCGAGUCUCGGUCGCGACGACGCUCACGCUCGGGGUGGACGGCGGGGAUCGGUAAAGUGACGAAAGUGCAGCUCUAGGCGGUUAUUAGGUAAAUCGCCGAUAAUCUCUCGGCAGGGGGAGAGAUUGGGGUCGACCGACGCGCGCGGCGGCGAGGAGAGCGCGUUGUUGCCUCGGGGAAAAAUGGCCUUGUCGGCGCUGGGCGAUUUUUUGUCUGUGACGCACGCGAGGCGCGAGGGGAGUCGACAGCGAAGGCGUUGUUCAAAUCGUAUCACAAGCUGCUAACGCAUCGCCAGUC